AUGUUUCCCCUUUUUUUCGUUCCUUUUCUAGCAUCAUCCUCACCCACACUGAUCCUUCAAAACCCAGACCGGUACUCAGUCUCUCUCUCACACCAAAAAAAUAAAAAAACAAAAAACCAUUGAAUCGCCGGAAAAUAUUGGCUCUUGAAGCUCACAACCGAGUUUCCGGUCGACUUCUCCCACUUUUAACCGGGAAAUGAGCUUCAGAACGACAGAGGGUAGUGCUUGGAAUGUUUUCCUGGUUUCUCCGCCGUCGGGCACCCGGUUUCCUCCUCCCUGUUCGUCACUGGGUUCAGAGGAACGAGCCGCCGGCGAGGAGGGAGAGGGGGAUUACUCCCGGCAAACCAAGUUUUGCGCCAGAGACCAUUGGAGGAGUCACGAAGAUGCCCGGCUGAGGGAGCUCGUUUCCGAGCAGGGCCCUCAAAGCUGGAAUAGGAUUGCCGAAAAGAUUCCGGGCAGAUCAGGGAAAAGCUGCAGAUUGAGGUGGUUUAACCAGCUGGACCCGAGGAUAAAUCGGAAUGCGUUCACGGAGGAGGAAGAAGCGAGGCUGGUGGCGGCGCACCGCACCUACGGCAACAAAUGGUCGAUCAUCGCCCGGCUCUUCCCCGGCCGGACGGAUAACGCUGUCAAGAACCACUGGCACGUCAUCCUCGCCCGCCGCCGCCGCCGCGGACCCCAGAUCGCCGGUGCUUGCCGGCCCACGCAGCCAAGAAACGACAUUGCAAUGAGCUCAAACAUCGUCGGCGGCAGCCUCAACGACGACCAUUCGGCGGCGUCCACUCUCACCUAUCUCUCCCUCUCUACCAUUACUACCUCCUCCUCCUCCAGCCCAAAUCCGGGGUCAUCUCCGAACGGCGGGAAGGGGAGCCGGCCGGAGUCGCCGGCGGCGACCGACUCGGCGCGAAACGACGUAGCUCAAGAGCAAAAUGCCAAAAAGGAGAAAGGGGAGGCGGGCUGGCGGCAGAGUAGGAGAAAGGGGUGGCGGUGGGCUGGGGAAAUGAAGAUAGGAGAAAGGGGUGGCGAGAGGGAUGGGGAAAAGAUGAUAGGAGAAAGGGGGUGGCGAGGUGAGGGCAACAGGGGCUAGCGGACGAAAAUGGGGCGGUUGAAGGGCAGGGGCAUUUUGGACAAAUUACUUACAAAGUCAGCUCCUCAUAAAAAUAAGCAAAAGUCAAACCGGGAACUUAAAAUCCGGACGGAGGGAGUAUUAUUUAUCAUAUUAAUUUGAAGUACAUAUUUGAAGUUCACAUCCAUGCGCUACUAAGUUAUUGUCACUCGAGGAGUUAGUUAUGCGAUUAGUUAAGUUUUUUUGAAUCCAACCAUUUAAAUAAACUCCUAUAUAUUGGUUUUAAUACUUAGUUUUGUACAAUCAAUCAAUACGAUCAUCACCUUCUUCCCCUCUCUCUCUCUCUCUCUCAUAGCCACUCGUCACCAGCUCCACUAUUCAAUUGAGUCCUCCCCUUAACAUCAUCCUCAAAAGUCCUUCACCACUCCAAAACCUUCUUGCAUCACCAAGGGAACACAUAUCAAAUACGGAGAACUUUUAGAAGAGUGGACUCGUUAUCUUUUUUAAGUGUAGACUCGUUAUCUUUUGUUUGCAAUUAUGGUCCUUUAAAUUUGUAUGUAUUUUUUUGAAAAGAGUCAUGCUCUUUGCUUUAUUUUUGGUAUAGAAUUGUACUCUCCCCGUCCCCCAGUUUUUGUCCACUUUUGACUUUUGGAACUGUUCAUUUAAGCACUUUGACUCAUCAAAUUCUCUCAAUGUGUAAGCCUAAAUAUAGUCAUGUGUGAUCU